AUGGCCGAAAACAAGGAUACUGAGGAACAGCUCUCUCAUCAAUUAGACGCUGAAGUGGGUGAAGAUGGUAAGGAUCUUACCAAAGAAGAACGUCUUGAAAUAGCCCGUAAGAAAUUCGAGGAUAUGAAAAAAAAGAAAAAGAAGGGUAAAAAGAAGUCUAAGAAGUCAAAAGAUGAUGAAGAGAACGAUGAUGAAAAAGAGCCAGCUGAACUGGAGGCAAAGGUGAAAGAACCGGAAACUGAAGAGUCAAAUGAAUCUGAGUCCAAGCCAAAAGAACCGGAGGCUAAAGAGUCAGAACCUGAGGCCAAACUGCCUGAUCCUGAGGCCGAAGUGCCUGAACCUAAGGCCAAACUGCCUGAACCUGAGGUCAAACUGCCUGAACCUGAGGUCAAACUGCCUGAACCUGAGGCCGAAGUGCCUGAACCUAAAGAUGUUGAGGUUGAAGGUGGUGAAACCAUUGAAACUAAGGACCACUCAACAGAUUCAAGUGAAAUUACUCAACUUAAAUCGACUAUAGAACAACAAGACAAAACCAUUAAAAAGCUUCGAGAUGAAAAUACCGAUUUGAAAUUAGGUAGAAUGGAUUUAAAAGACAAGAUUCAAGAAUUAGAAGAAGAAAUAAAAUCAUUGAAAACGUCUGGUGUGUCAACCCCAAUAAGCCAAUCACAACUACCAAAUACAGUUGCAUCACCGGUGAAACCAGCAAAACCAAUCAUUACAUCCAAUGACUAUGCAUCCUUGUCUCAACAGAAUUUCAAGAGCUUUGAAAGCACAGUCGAUUUUAGAGAAAGAUUAAUGCUUUGGAAAGGCUGGCAAGUUGAUAUGACUAAUUGGAAUGGUUCAAAUCACGUAACUAAAGUGGCAAUAUAA